CACACAAAAAGUAUAAAAACACGUGGCGCCAUCCAAUUCUCUGCAUACUUAGUCUUAGCAUAUUGCAGUGUUUUAUAAAUGUAUAUAUAAUAUUCAAUGAGAAUAAUGAAAUUGAUGUUUUAUAUAAACUAUUGGAAAAAAGUAAAUCAAUUUAAGUAACGUAAGUGUUGUAUUACCUUCUAAAAGGUAAAGUAGGUAAAAACAAAAAAAUAAUACACGAUAUGUUUAUAAUAUAUUGUUAUAAAUGAGAGAGGGGAAACAAUUGAAGUAGAUCUAUUAGAUACCAUAAAAAAUGUAUCGAUCCUUUAUGAUAAAAUAUAGCGAGAUAGAAGUACGUUUUUUUAAACUCGAAUAUUUUAACAUAAAAGAUGGCGGGAUUGCAGGAAAUAGAGAAGAAAGCGCGUACCAUUAACGCAAGAUUUAUGGCUUAUAUGGAGAAACAUCGCUUAUACGAACUGUUUUACGAAAUAGCAACUCAAUUAAUGAUCCAAAAACCUGAAGAUCAUCUUGUAUUUAUGAAGCAAUAUCUUCAACUUGCUGCUAAAAGACUCAAUGUUCCUAACAUUAUCCUUAUCGCACCUGCAACUUCUUCGGGUCGCUAUUUUAAGACUUAUUUGCUUGAAUUGAAAAGAAAAAAGAAAAAAUAUUUCAUAUGGACAGAUAGAAUGGCCUUGGCUAAUGUUCUUCGCGAAGAAUUGGGAGUACAUCCUUUAACCUUGAAAGAUCUUCGUAAAGCUUGCUCUCAGCAUGACGAUGAUUGUCGGUGCGAGGAAUCGGAAGAUCUUGCAUAUGCAAUGAAGAAAAUUCUACAACGCGGAACUUUUCAUGAAAGUGGAUGGCUAUUAGUUGACUUACCAAGAACGAAAAGAGAAGCACAAAUAUUCCAGCGUAGCGGAAUAAUACCAACGCAUGUGAUACAACUUAUAGUUUCAGAUGACAAUGAAAACUGGGGAAAUAUUUGCACAGAUGCAUUCGCUUGCCGCGAAACAUGUAAUCCUACAGACACAGAGAAAAAUAUAAAAAAUCGUCGUUACUUGAAAAAUUGUCGGGGCUUAUUGGAAGCGUACAGGCAUUGUUUAAUACUUGAAAAAAAAAAAAUUGAUUUCAAGGCAGUCGAGGUAGGUAUCAGGUCCAUCGACGAACUUGGGAAAGAUUGUGCAAAACUGGCAAAAACAAAGAAACAUUGUGGAGCACCGUCGCUUUUUCGCAUUGCGCUUAUUGGAUUUAGGGGAUCUGGUUGCACUACAUUAGCAAAAUAUUUGGCCGAACGAUUCAAUCUUGUUCACAUUGAUUACGAUUAUAUCGCAGAACAGGCGCGCUUACAACAGAAUCCUUUGGGGGAAAUGCUUCGAUUGUUCGAGUACAAAUGGGGGGAAAGACCGAAGCCUGAAAUUAGGAUUCAAAUCGUCGAAAAACACAUAUCCGGGUAUGAGUGUUUGAAAAGGGGUUGGGUUUUAACUGGAUAUCCAAAAACUGUAGAAGAUUUUAAACUAUUAGAUUUGAAUCCUACGCCUCCAAAUAGAGUAAUAUUUGUGGAAGCGAGUGGUGACAUUUGCAGAGAAAGACUGCUUAAUCGUAGAUACAAUAUCGUCACUGGAAGCAAGCACAUUUUGUCGACAGCAAAUUAUGCCGUUAACGAUGAUUGCAAAUUAGGUGUACAUCCCAGAGAUUUCAGACUAAUCGUAGAACGAGAUCUUCAAGAGUACGAAGAGAAUGUGAUCGACAUGAUGCAGUAUGCAGGUGAAUCCGCGAUAAAGAUCGAUGGAAACGAGGAAGAAAGGAUCGUCCGAGAAAAGGUAGAAGCAAGUAUAAUGCGUCCAGUUCCACCCUGGUAUUCGAGGGUGCCAAGACCUUCACCUGUGAUCGAUCCCAUGAGCAACGAAUUUGACCCGGAUGACGAACCCGAUUCCAGCGUGUUUGAUAAUAUACGUGCCCCCGAGCCUACGUAUACUUUUAUCUAACUUAUAGCCGUCGACCCUACUUUACCUUCCGUAAGGGUAGAAAACGGGAUACUUCUAAUGCAUCCUGUUAUCCUAGUACGCAGAGCAUCUUAUUUCCACAACAUCACACCAUUUGCAUGAUGCCAUGUAUGGAUUUUUUAAUACGUAUAGCUACUUUUAUUACUUUUAUUGUUUAAAUUACGAUGUAAAGAAUUAUCGAUAUAAGCAAAUUUCGAUAGAAAAUUUGUGAAAUACAGCUACUUACUUGUAUUUCCUUACAAUAAUCUUUGUGCUAAUAAACUUUAGCGACGUCCUUCGAUAUUAUUAUUUGCUCUGCGAGUAGUAGGAUCAACGAUUACGUGGACUGUAGACGAUACGUCAACCUGUUUGCUUGGGAAUCGCACCACGGGUAGUAUAUCGAUGUGGAAGUAAACAGUGUUUCGUCGAGAAAAGAAUACAGUAUAUAGUUGAAUUAAGGAUAUCACGCGGCUACAUUAACAAGUAUAAUUGCCUCAAACGCGAAGCAUAUUUCCGGAUCAAGGGUGUAUAGAGUGGGAUAGGUCGCAACACGAUUGCAGAAUGUACGCAGGACUUGCUACGAACGAUGAAAUCCUGCUUACUUUGCCCAGCAGUUACUAAGACCUUUGCCUUUUUCAGGAGAAAUUUGCCAAAUUGCGUGCUUGAUGUCUUCAUCCUGAUAUCGAGAGAAUGUGAUGUAUGUGUUCUACAUAUUAUCGAGAUCUUCGCGAUGGCUAAUUGCGAAUAUAAGGAUUGGUUGUUUAUCGCGUUAUUGGAAGUACGAUCCGACGAAACAGUUUUGCUAUUUUAUUCAAAGGAUAGAAAUUUGUACUAUAUUACUUACUUUUGCAUAAAAGUAGAAUUCACCGUUACAACGACUACUUUGAUUCAAACUUGGAUAAGUUAAAAAUUCGUCGGUUCAGUUACCGAUCGGAACUGAUUUCUGUAAAACUACGUACAACCCGGAAGUAAAGAGGAAACUUGGGUCGAGGAAAGUAGAGUCGGAUGGAGGUGAAAUGCAAGGAAAUGCUGCAUAAAUGUUGGAAGCAAUAUUCCAGUAUAAAACAUGUUUCUUAAGUAUUGAAGUAAUCGUAAACUGAGAGGGGAAGAACGUCUUUGUGACUUUGAAAUUUUAGCAAGUAACCGAUCAAUUUUUAUUCUCUGUUUUAUCGAUGACACGAAAUGAUUCUUUUUCUGCAAGUUCUGGAAGUGGCUGAUCUAAUUUAAUUAACAUAGAUAUUAUAUUUUAUCAAGUAUUAAUCCUAUCUACUUAUACUGGAUAGGAUGUCUAUAAGCUUUAGGUCUAUUGGCAUUAGGUAUUCGUAUAUCGAUUAUCCUUGAAAAAUUGUUUUAAUAUAAUAUUUCCCACAUCGAACGAAAGACAAUCACGCAAAGAAGAAGGAUCCCAGGCUAUUAUUAGAAGGACUUCAAAAGACGAAAUAAGCUCGAGUAUUAGGAUAGAAGAAAGCACACGAGACACGAUAGGUUCACCUGUAUCCUCGAUAUCCAUAUCACGUGCAUCAUCCUACUUGGACAUCUGCAACCCUAUACCCGUAUGGAUAUCCCGAGUAUGCGUUGAACAUCAAGUGUGUACUACGUGAUCAUCAUACAUAUACAGAAACAUUUUUUUUUCGCUGGUAUUACAGAUGCAUUAGGCUCGCAUAACGUCGCAACGAUCUUCCCAUCGAACUAAUCAAAUCCACUAGCCCUAUCUUUCAAUCCACUUGCAAAAUAUCCUUAAACGAAUUUCAGUCCUUUCGAAAUAUUCGUUUAAAAAUCUUCACGCGAUAGUAAAUAAUUAUUAUUGGUUGUCAUCUUUUA